AUGAAACUAUCAAUUUCUUCUUGUUGCAAAAACUCAUUCCUCCUACUCCUUUGCGUUGGGGUUUUAUUAACGCAAACAUUAGCGAGACCAGCCGACAAAGCCGAUGCAGCCGCCGAGAAAGCCGGGGAAGCAGCUCACGAAGCUGGAGCAGCUGUUUCUGAAAAAGCCGGACAUAUGAGAGACGAAGCCAGUGAAGCCGCCGACAGAGCACGUGAACGGUUCGGUGAAGCCGCUCAUGACGUCAAAGAAGGUACUAAGGCUGCUGGUGAAGCCGUCGGAGAAACUGCUAAAGACGCAGCUGAAGGCGCACGAUCAGGAGCUAUCACUGUUGGAAGGACCGUCGGAGAAGUUGCAGGUACAGUCAUGACCGGCCUCUCGCUCUUCUUAACCCUUGCGCAAUUAUUCCCCCUUUUAGGCGGAGCAGUUGGAGCCGUGAAAGGUGGUGCUGGUGCUCUUGCAGAUACAGCAGUUGAUGCGGCUAAUUCUGUGGCUUCCGGAGUCGCAUCAGCGGGUGAGGCCGUCGGAGACGCAGCUAGUAACGUGGCUGAUUCUGUAAAACACGGAGCCGUAGCAGCCGGUGAGACUGUUGGACAUGCUGCAGGCGAGUUCACUAGCUUUGACGUGUGGUAG